UUAGCAAACAUUUGACUGACUCUGUACUAUACUGGUAACUCAUUAACAAGCACAGGGAAAGAGAGCAAACUAGUCACCAAGCACAACACCCUUUGCUGGAAUAGAGCUAACACUCAGCUGAAUAGAGAUGGACUGGAGCAGCUGCACUACCAUGGGUUUAGUGUUCAUCCUGACGUUUUUGUUCAUUAUGAAAAUUGGAGGUGUCUGGAGUAACCACCGGAGAAAGAACUUUCCACCAGGACCAAGGGCAUUACCCAUCAUUGGAAACCUUCAUCUGUUUGAUUUGAAGAGACCCUACAGGACUUACUUACAGCUGUCAAAAGAAUAUGGUCCUGUCUUCAGCGUCCAGAUGGGGCAGAGGAAAAUAGUGGUGAUCUCUGGGUAUGAGACGGUGAAGGAAGCUCUCAUUAACCAGGCAGAUGCGUUUGCAGAGAGACCUAAAAUCCCAAUCUUUGAAGAUCUGACCAGAGGAAAUGGGAUUGUUUUUGCUCAUGGUGAAAACUGGAAAGUGAUGCGAAGAUUUACUCUCACAACCUUACGAGACUUCGGGAUGGGGAAAAGAGCCAUUGAGGACUGCAUUGUGGAGGAGUAUGGCUAUCUGAUAGACAACAUCGGGUCACAAAAAGGAAAACCCUUUGAUGCUAGUAAAAUGAUUAAUGCAGCAGUUGCUAACAUUAUUGUAUCAAUAUUACUCGGAAAACGAUUUGACUACAAAGACUCAAGAUUUGUAAGGCUUCAGCAUCUGACCAAUGAAAGCAUGAGGCUUGCAGGAAAACCUUUGGUUACGAUGUAUAACAUCUUCCCAUACCUUGGAUUCCUCCUGAGGGCCAACAAGACCCUUCUCAAAAACAGAGAUGAAUUCCAUGCUUAUGUAAAAGUUACUUUUCUAGAGAACCUCAAAACUCUGGACAAAAAUGAUCAAAGAAGUUUCAUUGAUGCUUUCCUUGUUAAACAGCAGGAGGAGAAAUCCGCUACCAAUGGGUAUUUCCAUAAUGGCAACCUGCUAAGCUUGGUGAGCAAUUUGUUCACUGCUGGCGUUGAGACCAUUUCCACCACACUAAACUGGAGCCUGCUGCUGAUGCUAAAGUACCCUGAAAUUCAGAGAAAGGUCCAAGAAGAGAUAGAGCAAGUGAUUGGGUCAAACCCCCCUCACACUGAGCACCGAACUCAAAUGCCCUACACAGAUGCUGUUAUCCAUGAAGUUCAGCGGUUUGCUAAUAUCCUGCCAUUGGAUUUGCCUCAUGAGACUGCUCAAGAUGUCAUUCUCAAGGACUAUUUCAUUCCCAAGGGAACCUACAUCAUCCCCUUACUGACCUCUGUCCUACGAGACAAAUCCCAGUGGGAGAAACCAGACACGUUCUAUCCUGAGCACUUUCUUGAUUCCAAAGGAAAGUUUGUGAAGAAAGAUGCUUUCAUGCCAUUUUCAGCAGGGCGGAGGAUCUGUGCUGGUGAGACUCUUGCCAAAAUGGAGCUCUUCCUCUUCUUCACCAGCCUCCUGCAGAGGUUCACCUUCCAGCCUCCUCCUGGAGUUUCUCCCUCAGACCUGGACCUCAGCCCUGCUAUUUCAUUUAACGUCGUCCCCAAACCCUACAAAAUCUGUGCUGUAGCACGUUCUUAAGGCUCAAAUCAGCAUAAAUUCGACUUGAAAAUGUUAUGACUUCUCCAUGAUUUCCUUUGGCCAAAAAUAUUCACAGUGCUGCUCCCUAAUAAAGGUCUUCAGUACACCUAAACCAAAACAUUAUAUUUUGUUUAGAAUCAUAGCAUCACAAGGUUGGAAAGGACCUACAAGAUCACCUAGUCCAACCAUCCUUCCAUUACCAUUGCUACCACAAGCCACUAAACCAUUAAAAAAACCCAUUUACUGAGAGAGCACUUCUUGUUGACCAGAAUUAAUGAUGACUCACAGAUGAACCUAACUAACUGUCUAAACUGGGCUAAAUAACAGAGCAACUUCACUUCUUCUUCUGCCUCUGAACUAAAAAUGUUAGCGGACAUGUAUGAAAAUACAGGGUGGGUUCCACAGAAGGCAAAGUCUGAAAAAGGCUCUGACAAGAGAAGAAGUAUUAAAAGUCAGUGAGAACAGCUUUAGAAAAUGACCACCCAAGCCUGUAGAGUUGCCUGGGGUUGAUGCAACCAAAGUUCAGGACCUGGAAUUUUGUCUACUUGAACUUUACACAAUUGGCCCUUGGUUUUUUUGACCUUCAGCCCAUUGGUCUCAGCCCAGCUAUCCAGCUUGUCCAUAUUCCAAUCUUGAAUAUCUUGAAUAUCUUACAAAUGAAAAUUCUCAAGGCCUAAUGAGAUAACUGAAGGCAUGACCUCAGUGCUUGAAGGAAAUGAUACAACUACAUUGUGUUUUCCUGAGGGUGCACCUUCACAUAAGUCAGUGACUGCUGGCCACCAGAAGGGCCAAUGACAGUAAUUAUGACAAUACUUCAUCUAUUGGACACUUUGGGUCCUUGAGAGGAAACAAAAUUUUCCUCCACUACACAACAUUUGCAUUUGUUAAGCAGCUACUGAUUUUCUGCAACAAUGGAAGACUUGCAACACUACAACCCAAUACAUUUGUUUUAUUAAUAUGGAUGUAUCCUACAAGUCCACCACAGAUAGAGAAGAAAUAACAGUUGGAUUAAGACUUUUCCUGAGCAGUAAACAAGUCGACCUUAGUCCAGAAACCCCAAAAGAUCAUUCCUGAUUUUUCUGUAACUAUAUAACCUAGGUAAACACAGCAAACCACCCUGGCAAAUAUCUGCUGCUUUUGUAGAACACUUUCUUACUAGCUAUCAAAUAUUGCAUAAACACUGUCUGCAAAUUCCAGCUGGCAGAGGGCUCCCACCUCCUGGUGACGGUAAAAGGUAGUGGAAAUUGAGAGCAAAUGUAACUCCUGGUCAAUCCCACUUCACAGUUUGCUCUCAUGCAGCAGAUAGUGGGAGCUGAGAAGUACUCAUGACUCAGGGCUGGCACACAAACGUAUUAGGACCCUUUGGCCUUGUGCUGUUGCACAAUGCUGUUUGCUGAGCCAUCACCAUGAAUAGCAUAGGGGAAUUUUCCCCUCACCAAGAGCAUGAGAAAGAUAUAUCUGCGUGCUUUUUGCUUUUCCUGACCCUUCUGUUGACGAAGCAAAACCAAAAGUUUAUGGAAUUAAUACUGCAAAGAGAAUUUCUCCCAAAAAAAAGCACAAAAGAAAAGAACCUGCUGAAGCUCAGACUGCUCAACUCAAGACUUUGGUGUUCAGAUAAGAAGCCACCUUUCAGCAUCCAUUAGAUCCACCACCAGGAUCAAGCCCUCCCACUGCUUCAUGUAUUCAUUCAGCAAACGUAGAAAUUAAAACAACAGAAAACCUCA